AUGAUAAUAAAUAAUAGAUAUGAAAUAAAUACCUAUGAUAGAAUUGGUUAAGGAUAGUUUAGUAAUGUGUUUCCUUGUGUAGAUAGAUAUAACUUACAUUUAAAUUUAGCUGCUAAAGUAAUAUUUAUUGAUAUUUAGAUAAUUGGAUAGCCAUAAAGUAAUAUUGAAAGAUCUCGAAAAGAAUUUGAGAUUUAAGAUUCUUUAUAAAUAUUCUUAAAUCCACACAUUUUAAAAUGUUAUUAGCUUUGUUAACAUGAAGAUAAGUUAGCAAUUAUAAUGGAACGUUGUGAAUUGGGAGAUUUGAAUAAAAAAAUGAAAGCUCUAAAAGCUGAAAAUUAAAGAUAUAAUGCUAAAUAAAUUAUCGAUUUUCUAUGUCAGAUUAUUGAUGGUGCCUAUCUUAUGUAUCAAAAUAAAAUUUUUCACAGAGAUAUCAAACCAUAAAACAUCCUAUUAACAAAAGAUUCAAAAAAUAAUAUUGUAUAUAAGGUAAUUAAUAUCUUAUGUAAAGAUUGGUGAUUUUGGAUCAGCCAGAAUAGUGGAGGAUAUGAGAUAGGAAGGUAAUUUCACACAAUGGCACACUCCUGUUUAUUAAUCUCCUGAAAUUUAUUUUAAGGAGAAAUUUUCACCUUAAUCAGACAUAUUUUCUUUUGGAAUAGUUCUAUAUGAAUUAUGUUUCUUAGAACUUCCAUUUAAAAAUUAAAAAUAAGAAGAUUUCUUUAAAUAAUUAAAAAACAAUUAAAUCUAAAUAAAUAUGAAUGGUAUUUAAGGUAAUGAACAAGAAUUAGAUAUUAUUAAAUCCAUUUUAGUAAAAACAAUAGUUUAUGAAUAAUAAAACAGAAUGGACUGGUAUGGCUUGUAUUUAUUAAUUACAAAUUUUUAAUAAAAAUCUUAAAUUUAAGGUUAAGUUGCACUAAACUAAAAUGAUAAAUAUAUCAUUGCUAAAUAACAUAUUAAUUUGUUAAUAAGUAAAUAAAUAUUGGCUAAAAAUUUAAUGAUUUAAUUUGAAAUUUGUUAGUAAAUAAUAUUUUAAUAUUUUAAGUUAGAAAAAAUUGAUAAAUAUUUCAAAAGAAAUUUUUAAAUUAUCUUUUACAACACUAGCUUGUUGCAAAUACAUUUUAAUUUUAUCUAUCAUUGCAUUUAUUCACAAUGAUUAUAAAAAACUUAGUCUAAAUAUCAAAAAUUUCAUUCCUUAAUAAAGAUUUUAAGAAUUAUCAUAAAGUUAUUAACAAUACUUGACAUAAGAAGAUUAUGAAAAUAUAAAAACUAAUGAUCUUGAUCUAAAAUAAAAUACAUAUACAGAAAAUGUAAGAAUAUUUUAAUUUAUAAUAUAGAUGGUAGAUCAUUCUAUAAAUUUGAUUAAUAAUAUACAGAAAAAUAAUUAGAAUCAAUUUUAAAGUUUACUUGAAAAUUUUAUUUUAUUUAGAUCUUAUAUUAACAAUAUUGAAAUGUCUAUAGAUUAUGAAAGAUUUUUAGAUCUAUAGAAUGAGAUAUUUUAGAAUCAACUAAUAGGGUAAUUUCCCUUAGAUAAAAUGUUUGGAGAUUUAGCGAUGUAAAUAUAUGAAUCAUAAUAUUUAUUAAUUAGUUUAUUAGCAUUAUGGAAUGCUUAUAGUUUAAGUGAAGUAUAUUACCCACAAUCAAAUUUUAAUGUGAUUUAGGAUUAAGUUCCAUAAUUAAAAAUAUAAUUUAAUGAAUUUGAGGCCAUAUAAUAUUUACAAGAAGUUUUAUUUUGA